GACAAGGCACACCACUGACCUUUAUGCCUUUUCUUAUUUUCUGUUCCUCUCCACAGCCCCAGGACCCUUGUCGACUGCAUUUGCAUUUGUAUAUUGCUCUGUUUACGAUUCACUUCAACAUCACAUUCUAUUAAUUCCUUUGGUUCACCAAAUUCAGCUGCCAUGGGUAACUCGGUAUCAACCGUCACACCGUCUGCUGCAACUGCUGGCAUUGACUCUUAUGUCAGCGAACUUGGCGAUAUUCCACUUUGUAUUUUAAACAGUCUUGGAAGUGCCAGGUUCAUGAAAACGAUCCGCGGUCGGAUGAAGGAGGGGUCUGUCGUUGUCAAGAUAUUUGUUAAACCAGAAUCUGGAUUUUCUCUCAAGCGCAUUGCCCGCAUCCUAAACGAGGAACGUGAACGUUUAGACGAUGUUCCUAAUGCAAUGGCGUUUCAAAAGGUACUCGAAACCGAUCGAGCCGGAUAUUUGAUACGACAAUACUUAUUUAGCAGUCUAUAUGAUCGUAUAAGUACGAGACCAUUCAUGAACUUGAUUGAGAAAAAAUGGGUCACAUACCAGUUACUCAAAGGACUAGCCGAUUCGCAUUCUAAAAAUAUCUACCAUGGCGAUAUCAAAACAGAAAACUGUUUGAUGACAUCCUGGAAUUGGGUUUAUCUCAGUGAUUAUGCUGGUUACAAGCCUGCAUUUCUACCCGAGGAUAACCCUGCAGACUUUUCCUUCUUUUUUGACACCUCCUCUCGGAGGACAUGCUAUCUUGCGCCAGAACGAUUUUACAAGCCUGGCGUGGAUACAGAGAAGCAGAAACAGGCCGAAGACCCAAAAAAUAUUUUUGCGGGACUCACAGCUGCCAUGGACAUCUUUUCUGCUGGAUGUGUCAUUGCAGAGCUGUUUUCUGAAGGAACACCCAUUUUUUCACUGUCACAAAUGUUCAAAUAUCGCUCGGGGGAAUACGACCCGACGCCUUAUAUCAACAAGAUUGAAGAUGACCAUAUCAAAAGCUUGAUUCAACAUAUGAUUCAACUGGAUCCAGCAAAGCGCUUUAGUGCUGAACAGUAUCUUUCUGAAUGGAGAGAUCGAGCGUUUCCAAAGUACUUUGACACAUUUCUACAUCAAUAUAUCCAUUCUGUCACAGAAUCUGCUGGUGAAUCAUCCAACUCAGGCGCAAUCGACAGUACUAUUAUCUCUACCCACUCUGAUAUCCCAGAGCACCGGCCCAAGACCGAUGCAGACGAAAAGAUUGAAAGGAUGUAUCACGACUUGGACAAAAUUUCGUUCUUUUUAGGCCUUGAGUCUUCACAAUCGACCGAGACGAAUCCCGAAUCAUCCUCAAUAGGGUCCCUAUCAAAAGGAAUGAAAACAUUGUCUGUGACAGAUAAAUCGACUAUAAAUCCUAAGGAUAUACAAUACGCUCCAAAUGAAGGCGCCCUUAUAUUUCUGUCUCUCCUUUGCUCGUCAAUGAGGAAUACAGCGUUUCCUUCAUCCAAGGUCCAUGCUCUGGAUAUGCUUCUAUCCAUAGGAAGAUAUAUUGCAGAUGAUAUCAAACUGGACCGCCUUGUCCCAUAUAUCGUUUCAUGUCUGAAUGACGAGGUAGCAGUCGUCCGUGCACAUGCUCUUAAGACCCUUGCUAAAAUGUUAGAAGAAGUCGAAACAUUGGACGUGUUCAAUGUGACAAUCUUUCCAGAAUAUAUCCUUCCAGCUUUGCAGGGUUUCCCAGCAGAUAAAGAAGUUAUCGUGAGAUCUACAUAUGCAGGUUGCAUUGCACAAUUCGCCCAAACAUCGCUCCGAUAUCUGGAGCUUGCUCAAUUGCUUAAAAAUGAGGGAGCUUUUGCGGGGGCUGAUGGCGAUGGAGACACUGAAGGCUCUCCUGAAGAGACCACAUAUGAUUCAGCCCUUCGCGAUCUGCAAGAGUCAAUCGAGGAACAAAUACGUAUAUUGCUGAUUGAUCCAGAUAGUAAUGUCAAGCGGGCGCUUUUGUCAGAUAUGACGGCCUUAUGUGUAUUUCUUGGCAAGCAGCGCGUGGAUGAUGUUUUGCUGUCUCAUAUGAUCACAUAUCUCAAUGGAAGGGACUGGAUGCUCCGAAGUGCAUUUUUCGAGAGUAUAGUCGGAGUGGGAACCUUUGUGGGGGGACGCAGUCUGGAAGAAUACAUUUUACCACUCAUGGUACAGGCUUUAACUGAUUCUGAGGAAUUUGUUGUUGAGAAAGUCUUAAAAUCACUGGCUAGUUUAUGCGAUCUUGGUUUAUUCCAAAAGAUGGCCAUCUGGGACUUGGUCAGCGUCGUGGCGCCUCUUCUCUGUCAUCCAAAUUUAUGGAUCCGUUACGGCGCGAUUGGAUUCAUCGCCUCUACUGCGCAACGUCUGCCUGUAGCCGAUGUCUGGUGCAUGAUCUAUCCGAUCAUUCGGCCUUUUAUGCGAUCAGAUGUUGGAGAAGUCAAUGAGCUCCAUUUGAGGGAAAAUGUCAAACCUCCGCUUAGUCGUCACGUCUUUGAAAGCUCUAUUCAGUGGGCUGCGGUAGCCAACAGGACCUCUUUUUGGAAGCCAGUGCGUGAACGGCCGCCUCCGGCUCGAUCCAUGUCAGUAUCUUCGAACCAUUCUACCACAAUUCCAUUAGAUUUGCAAGCAGGGCGGGUGAACGAAUCCUCGCCGUUCUUUGUCGUCGUCAAGUCUUCAGAAGACGAAAAAUAUCUGGAUAAGCUUCGAGCGAUCGGAAUGACGCACGAGGAUGAAGAUAAAUUGGCGGCAAUGAGAGAAUACAUAUGGAAACUGUCACGUUCACGACAAAGUGCUCGGCCGAGCGGUCGUGAGGAUGAGUCUGAUGAUAUGACCAAGGACGGUAAUGUAGACCUAAGGAAGUUGGGUAUUACACCAUGUACCGUUUUCCUGUCACCUGAGAUGAUUGAAAAAGACUACAAUUUAACUCAAAGGUCAUCUCAGUCUGGUAGGGCAAAACCGUAUGAUAGUUCCUUGCUGUAUCCCCAUAGACGGAUGAUCAAGUCUAGCACCACAGGAAAUGUCUCCAGACCUUCAAGUGACAGUACGGUAGUAAACUCCAUCAGGUCCAAAGAAGGCUCUGCUGGAUCCAUCUAUGAUGGAAUACCUUAUGAUCCAUCUGCUGCGGGACAGUCUACUACAAAUCUAUAUCUCCAAUCGGCCUCUGAGCGUCAAUCAACAGCAUCUUUUGCGUCCUCAAUUACAACCAACGCGUAUCAGCCGCAGAGCUAUGGCCAUUCUGCAGCCGUUCCUUUAUCCAACAGCCCCGAGCCCUCCAGAACACGCUCGCUGACAUCCAACAUUGUUAUGGAUAAAAACUCGCGACGUUCUCGAAUCUUGCUUACUCCCGGAAAUACUGCUAGUUCAGACACGGGGAAGGCUGCUGCUGCCACUAGUAUGAAUGAUACGAACGUACAGGGGAUGAUUGAGCCACCAAUUAAUGAGAAGACCGUACAAGAUGUAAUUGCUAAAUCUGGAGUUGACUUGCCCAAGCCAAACUCGCCACCUUGGCAGGCUCAAUUUGAGGCUGCAUAUUCUGGAGACUUUUCGCGACGUCACCGAGGCUCCGUAGUGUUUGGUAAUAGAACCUUCACACACGCAGUCGAUGGUGGCCGACGCAAUCUAAACGCUCUAUUAGCUCACCAAACACUGAAGGUUUUUCACUCACCUACACAUGAGUUUGGGCCGAACAUCGUCCCUCUAUCUCGGCAUCGACGUAUGCAUCGCAACAAUUCACAGACUGUACGAGGACAAUGGAGACCAAAAGGGAAUUUGGUGGCGCACCUGGCUGAACACAAGGCUGCUGUAAAUCAGAUUUGUGUUUCUCCAGAUCACACAUUCUUCGUAUCAUGUUCUGACGAUGGCUCUGUUAAAAUCUGGGAUACUGCAAGGCUGGAAAAGAAUGUUACCAACAGGGCACGAAUGUCAUACAAUGCUCUAGGUAAACACGGUGGUAAGGUGACAUGUAUGACCUUUAUUGAAAAUACGCAUAGCGUAGCAGCCGCCUCCGACAGCGGAUCAAUCCAUGUCUUCCGUGUGCACUAUAUAUCUGCAGGAAAGUACGGGAAAUGUGAAGUGGUCCGAAAGAUUACACUUGACGAAGAGUAUGCAGUUACACUUGAGCACUACAAUACGGAGUCACAAUCGUUACUCGUGUAUGCAACCAAUCGAGGGAAUAUUCACGCAUUGGAGUUGGGAACCAUGCGCCCAGUAUGGCAGCUGAAAAAUAAUAUAUCACAUGGUGUUAUGACAGCCAUGGUGAUCGACCCACUUAGGGCAUGGCUCAUAGUUGGAACUAAUCGAGGUGUUUUAACACUAUGGGAUCUGCGUUUUAUGAUUGCAAUCCGAUCUUGGGUACAUCCCAGUAAAUCCAGGAUUAGUCGCUUGGUUAUUCACCCGGAAUCUCAUUCACCAUCUCGUGGCGGAAAAAUCAUCAUUGCCUCUGGCAAGAAUGAGGUGUCUGUCUGGGAUAUUGAGCAUGUGGAGUGUCGUGAGGUCUUUGGAGUCCGAAACGCAGAUGAAAAGAAGGCUUUCUCUUUCGACACUUUUAGAGCUACAGAGCCUUUGUCGGGAAGUGAACUACUUCGGAACUCAUUUACAUCUAAUGAUUCAAAUGUCUCUGCAGACCAAAGUGUCCGAGCAGUGAUAUUCCCGGCAGAAUGCGAAUACAUGAUCACAGGAGGAGCAGACCGAAAGAUGCGAUAUUGGGAUACAGGACGUGUAGAAAUUUCAUAUGUAAUCAGUGGACAUGACCCACAAGAUUCACCCCCAAAAUAUACGACGCGUCGAUUUGAAGGUAUGCCUGUACAUUACGAGGUCACACCGCUCGCAGGCGUGAAGCCAAGGGGUGGUGGGCGAAGUAAUGUUAUCACAGUCCAGCAACAACAAUUACUCCGAAACCAUCUUGACGCUAUUACAGAUAUCGCGCUCACAGAACUACCCUGCAUGAUGCUCAUUUCUGGUGAUCGUGAUGGAGUUAUCAAGGUGUUCAAUUAGAAGAAAU